ACAGUUCGGUGUAUGGACCAUUAAGUGAGCAGCUACUCCAAAUGAACUAGUUUGUGUUGUUGGAGAGCAACACAUAUGCUCCCUGUAAAGUACACUGAGUGUUUUGUUUUAGUAGCAACAAAGGUGUGCGCUAAAAAACAGCUCGGCAAAACAAGAUGUCUUUUCCUGCUUCUGAAGUGAAAAGAAAUGCGGACCCGGCGAACGAGCCGGUUGAGGAUAAACUGGCAGCGGAGCACUUUUUCACGGAGCUGAAUGCGACCGCUACGUGCCUCAUCUGCGGGCAGAAAGUGUUGUAUAAGGAGUUUCACAUGAGGCGGCAUUACACUUCUAAACACGCGGUUCAGUAUGACAAGUACCAGGGAGAGGAGAGGAGGACGGUGUCCGAUCAGCUCCGUGCAGACUUCGGUGGCGACAAAGCGAUUUGGAGGAGACAACUUGAACCUGACCAGAGCAACACAGACAUGCCAAGUCUAAAGCUGAUAUCUGCGACCGACACACAGUAUUCAGCAGCCGUGCUGAAGUCAAUGAAUGAGCAGAGGAAUCACGGAUUAUUUUGUGAUGUCACCAUCAUCAUACAGGACAAGAAAUUCCGAGCUCAUAAAACUGUCCUGUCGGCCUCAAGUACAUAUUUCCACCAGCUCUUCAGUGUAGCUGGACAAGUGAUCGAGUUAAACUUCAUCAGAGCAGAAAUCUUCGAGGAGAUUCUCAAUUACAUAUACAGCUCCAAGAUUGUGCGCGUGCGCUCCGACAUGCUGGAGGAGCUCAUAAAUGCUGGACAGAUACUGGGAGUGAAGUUCAUUGCAAACUUGGGGUCCCCAUUAUCACAAGUUAAGGGCCUCCCUGGUUUGUCUAAAGACACAGAAAGCAAGAGUGACACAUCCACAGAGAUCAUGCCGAUCAUCACGGAGUCCUUCUCAAUAUCUGCGGAGGAAUUCAAUCAAACAAGCAAACCUGCAGGUAAUGAUGAGGACUCGGACAGUGAUGUCAUGUUUGUCUCACAAACAGACGCUCAAGCCAGAGCAGCCGAUCAGAAAGCCAAGUCUGCCGAGAUCAUUGAUGUGGAUACAGCUGAUUCAGAAAACGUAGCAUCAAAGCAAAAUGAAGAAUCAAAUCACGCAGCUGCAAAAAAUAAAGAAAAAGCCACGGCCACUGUGAGGACAUACGCUGCAAAGUCUCCCAGUGUCAGCUGUCCGAACCCCAGUUUGCCAGACAGCAGCCCUUUGCGCAGUCCAGACUCCAGCUCCAAUAACUCGUCUUCCCCUGCAAGAGUUUCCUCAGGAACCGAUCCCACAACACCAGCCAGGUCAAGCAGUUUCACCCCUGAGCCCUCGAGUGCCUCUCAGUCCUCUGAAAACAGCGAUGUUACGGGAGUCCACAAGAAACAAGUCUCUACUUCAUCUCAGCAGGGGAAUUUCAAAAUAAGGCUCUUAGAUGUUUCUGAAAGCCCGGCUAAUCAGGCUAACACUCCCAAAUCAGCAAUAGCAGAAAAAAAGACGGUGACACUCAAUACAGCCACAGAGAUUGAUUCAAUUUCUUCAGGCUGUAAAGUUUAUGCCAAUAUUGGAGAAAAUACCUAUGACAUCGUCCCAGUGAAGGAAGAUCCAGGCGAAGGAGGCUCUAGAGCUAACAAAGGGAAGAGAUCGUUAAUGGCAACGCCUCUGAAACCCUUUGAUAAAACACCCACUUCACCGAAGGCCGGCCCAAACAAGAAGAGGACCAAAACUGAGCUCGAGGAUCACUACGAGCUGAUCAUGGAUGGGAAGACUUUCUACGUGUGCAUCGUCUGUAAGCGCCCCUACGUGUGUCUGACGAGUCUCCGCCGUCACUUCAACACCCACUCGUGGGAAAAGAAGUACCCGUGUCGCUACUGUAACAAAGUCUUUGCCUUGGCCGAGUACAGAACUAAACAUGAAAUCCACCACACAGGCGAGAGGAGGUACCAGUGCUUGUUGUGCAAUGAAAUGUUCAUAAACUACCAGUUACUGUCCACCCACUGCAAGCAAGUCCACAACCAGGAUCCCAGCGGGAGGAAAGAGAAAGAUGACGCUGACAACAACUUAUACCGCCUGCUGCCGUGUAAAACGGUGCAGAUGAAGCCGUACUCAUGGACGACUGACGGGCCGGGGGUCCCCGUCAUCUCCGAGGACGGCAGCGUGCAUCACAUAACCACUGUCGGGGAAGACGUCCACUCCUCCACCCAGAGCAGAAUGCUGAACUGGGACGACAUCUUCGUCGAGCCCGACGCACACAUGCCGCCUGAUGCCCACGCCCGACCAGGGUCAACCAUAAACACUCCUCCACAGGGCACCACAGAGUUUGACUUUGUUAUACCAGAGACCUACUGAGCACCACUCGCUGCUCCAUUACCUGUGCCUUUUAGGUGACCCACCCUUUUUCCCCUCUUUGGUUCCAUGUCAGCAAUAUUCCUCCGUGAUUCCCAAUAGUGUCAGCGUAAGGUUCAGUCACGAUAGUCUUUCUGUUUUAAUGAAAAAUUUGCGGAGUAAUAUUGUACUGAGUGUGGCGGUUAUGCAGGUGAGUCUGCCGGAGUCAGCUGAAGGUUGCACCACAACAGGAGACAGGAGCUUGGUGUAAGGUGACCGCACCACUACUCAUGUUACUCUGGUUUUGUAAUAGUUUUGGACUUGGGUAUCAUUGGAAUAAAUGAUAAUGACAUUAGCAAAUAAACAUAGAGGAGGUUUACACGCAGUAAAUAUGUUUUUCAUAUGAAUGAUAAAAAUUCCACGCAAGAAUCAAAAACUGCCUCAGAAAAACAACGCGGUGCUUAAGGCAUGGCUCGGUAGCUGUAACAUAAAGGCAAAAAGUCAAGGAUGUUUAAAUGUUCACAGUACGAGGGGAGAUACAGCUGUUCCAGGCGCAGAAUAAUGUUGAUCCCUAAUUUCCUUUUGGUCCUCAGCCUCAAACUCUGUAUCAGCCGGAAGAUUUCAGAUGAAGGAUCUGAAGCACAGUGCAUUUAAAUUUGUGCUCUGUCUUGUUUCAGCAGUUACGUUUUAACCUUUAGGUCGUGUUUCCGAAAUCAGUUAAUGACAUCAAGCAGCCCACCGAGCCCCAUUUAAUAAAAUAGAAAUGGGGCUACCUACUAAAGAGUGUGAAACUUCAGUUGAUUAUGUAACCAGGUGACCUUUAUUUCUGUUCAGGAUACAUGUUCGCAUUUUUGAUUCGUAUGAAAUACACGAUGUCCCCCAUAGUGAAGUAAAACAAGGUUUCUCCAGUCCAUCAUCAGCUGAUGCGUCAAUCAUGAAUCUCAGUCUGUUUUUUUAAGGAUAAGAUAGAAAUUUUAACAGACACGAGGGAUAUCUGGACCCAUCAUUCCUGGUCCCAAUUUGAAACCUAAUUCUAUACGAGAGAAUAUGAUCUGAAAUAUAUUUUUUCAUCAUGUGAUUGUUGAUCCCACAUGUGGGUUAUUGUGGCAGGGAAGAUAUAAAAUGCUUAUUUAAUUUUUUUCAGUGGUUGGUAAACAAUUAUGGUUUAUUUUUUUUCCAACACCUGUUUCAUCUUGAUGCACCUGUACAUUUUUUUUUAUUUCCUAAGAUUUCCAUGUUAUUUUUUUAUAUGAAAUAUUAUUUUAAUGCCAAAAUCUGCUGGCUACAUCCAUAAGCUAGAGAUUUUGCAUACAAAUGUGAUGAUAGGAUUGACAUAAACUGAGGAUUAUUUCAGUCCCUACAGAUAGCACUUAGUGUUGGAUCACACAGAAGAUGUUUUUUUUGUAAUAUUUUUAUUUCCGUUCCUUUUUUUUUCCAUUGUGUCAGAAAGUAGUGAUUGGUCAGUAUGAUUAAGAAGAAAGAAAAAAAAAAGUAGUGCUAACAUGGGAAUCUAUUCUAUUUCUUGUCAUUCAAUAAAAUCACAAAGAUUUUCUUUUUUUAAAUAAACAGAUUAACAUUGGUGUUUGAUGUACGGUAUAUAUUUUUUGUUAACCUCACUUUUUUUUUUUUUCCUUUUCUACUGUUUCAGAUGUAUUUAUUAGGUUUAUAGCAUAGACAAAAUGAAAUAGGUAUCAAAUACUCGGGUCUGUUGGCAUUUACCCAAAUGUCUUUUUUUUCUGUCAAUUAGCAAUGAGGAUUAUGUGACGGUAAAUAAAUUAUUUUACUAUUUUAA